AUGCAAACGAUUGGGCGUCGCGUGCCGGAAGGGGCGCCGCCGUCUGAUGUGGGAAACAGCGGAAAUGACCUCGGCACCUCACUGACUGCCACAGCCGCGAAUGCGCAACAGAAACUUGCGCAAGAGCUGCAGGAGAUCCGCGAGCGACGGAACUGGCUCAUCCACCUACUUUACAUUCGACAGGAAUACAGCAAUUGCCUUCACGUGAUCGAGUCUCAACUCCGCGAGACGGGGGGCACAUGUGAGUACGCCCUGUACGUGAAGGGGCUACUAAAACGGCUGGAGGGCUCUCUCUCUGAGUCGUUGGAGUUGCUGCAGACCGCAGUGAUCAUCAGUCCAGAGAACGCGGCUACUCGCACACAGCUCGGGCGUGCCCUGCAUCUCCUUGGUCGCCAUGAGGAGGCCAUUCAAACAUUCGAGCAGGCGGCAAGCAUUCGCGUCAUCAAGGGCCUCGGCGAGGACUGGGAGAUCGCGUACUACAUCGGUCUUUGCCACCUGCACCGACGGCAGUACCGUCACGCAAUGAACGCCUUCCUGCAGUCCAUCACAAUUCAGCGCCACGACUGCGCUUACUUGCAGCUGGGGAAAGCGGCACUGCUGGCGCAAGACUACGCGAUGGCGCUGCAGGUGUACGAGGAUGCUGUGACGCUGUCGCCAACGAAUCCCGACCUGCUUGCGAUGCUCGGUCACCUCUACCUCCAACAAGGAAACACCGGUGCUGCCUUUGACUACCUGGGCCGCUGUCUCACCAUCAACCCCACCCACAUGGAUGCCCUUGUCGCCGCCUCAAGCAUUAUCCAAGACAACGGCGACUAUGACGUGGCGCUGACCAAGUACAGAAUCGUGGUGGCGCAACAGCCAGACGCGUCGCAGGUGUGGAACAACAUUGGCGCAUGUUUUAUCGGCAAGAAGAUGACGUACGCUGCCGUUGCAUGUCUGCGCAAAUCCGUCUUUCUCUGGCCGUUCGAUUGGUUAAGCCACUACAACCUUGGCAUCGCCUUUCUGAUGAUUGGCCGCUGUUGCUCGGCGCUGCAGUGCCUGAAUGCAGCUGUGCACUUGCACCCCCACCACGCACCAACUUUCAUGCUGCUUGGUAUCUGUCUGGGUGAAAUGAAGGACCUGCCGAACGCGUGUCGCGCCUACGAACACGCCCUCGCGAUGCAGGACGACUUCCUCGUGUAUCUGAACUACGCGGUGACUCUGUACAAGGGCCGCGCCGUGCGAGAAGCGCAUGCGAAGCUCCGCGUCUUCCGCAGUGUAUGGGACCAGCUUACCCCCGAGCAGCGUCGCGAGCAGUCCUCGCUUAUUCCUGGAGUCCUCCGACAGCUGGAGGACGUGCUGGAGCCGCCCCCGUCACCGCCGGGGUCUACCUCCGCCAGUGUCCUGGAGGAAAGCGCUACGGCUCCUCUCGCCACGGCACUGAAUUCCGGAAUCGCAGCUGCGGAAGCAGAAGGCAUGGAGACGGAAGAUGUGUCAUGA